AUGUCCUCCCCACUGGGACACUCUUCUAAUUUACCUGAACAACAGAAAGCGGCUUACACGGUCUAUGAAAAUAUUAGUCCUACUACAACGUCAAAUUAUCCUAUACGCACUACUAACCAGGAAGUAUCGAAAGAACAUCAAAUUGCUUAUGGCUCGGUGCCAGUAUUGUACCAACCGUAUGGUCAGCCUCAGUCGUAUUUAUGUGUUCAACCUACACCAAAUAAUCAAAUCGUCAAUCAAUAUUCACCAAAUAAUAUGGUAAAUCAGCAUCAACUAUAUCAGCAACAAGUAUCAUCAACUAGUAACGUUCCUCCUGCUUUCUUACAUCAAGCAAUGUUACAUUCCAACACGAAUCCACAACAAACGUUAGUCUCUUCAUAUCAUCCGGCUGUUAAUACAAAUGUUUUGUUUUCGUCAGCAAUGACUAAUCCGACUGUUGCCUCAACACCAAUAUCCGCUACAACCAAGAGAGGUCGCAACGACACCAGUGGUGUUUCGGAUUCGAAUGUACAAGAACGUCCUCAACACUAUCAGACAACUCGUAUUUUUAAUGCUCGCAGUACUCCUAACAAGCGUCAUCGUGGAACCAAUCAACAGCAAAUGGAAAAUUCGUAUCCUUAUCGUUAUGAACAAAACAGUGGAGAACAAUUAUCUUAUAAUAUUACCGACAGAAGGAAUGGAGUAGAUCCACAUGCUAACCAACAUCAACCCUCAUUGGCCGCCUGUCGAUACGCUACAUCCCGUUUUCCAUUUUCUCCGUUUUCUAUUAUUUUCUCGCAUGAAGUUCGAGAAAAAGUCGUUAUUGAUGAUCUAAUCAAACAUGCAAGUGAAAAUUUUCAUUUUGAAUUAAAAACAGUCGCCUAUCGUCGCGGACGUUCUGAAGAUAACGAGCAUCGUAUCCUGGUCUUCGUUGAGAACAGCGAAUCUUUUUCGUUCUUAUUUGAACGAGGAAACUGGCCCACCACAUUAGCAGGGUACGAAUUUGCAACAAAAAGACCAUCAAUUCCUCCUCAGCUGUCGUUGGUGCUACCAGCGGUCUCGUUACAAAUUGAUUGGGAGGAUUUUGUGCAAGAAGUAAAAGAAAAAUAUCCUGGAGUAGCAGACAUUAUACGAUUAAAAAAUAAAGCACAACAAUCAGUUCGUGCAGUUAAACUGGAAUUUUUAUCGGCUAAAGUGCGCAAUGAUAUACUAGAAGCUAAGGAAAUAGCUGUUAUGCACUUAAAACUGAAUGUGGUUGAAUUUUUUUCACAAGCUAACGUACUCAUUUGUUCCAAUUGUUACGGAAUUGGACAUUUUAGAAAGAAUUGCACACAGAAGAACGAAUCAACCUGCAAAACAUGUGGUGACAAAUGUCCCAAUCUCAAAGAUCAUCAGUGUUCUGGGAUUCCAAAAUGUAUCCACUGUGCUGGAUCACAUAUUUCUAAUGAUUCUAAAUGCAAAGUGGUGAAGGAUUACCGUGUGGCGCUGACUCGUAAUCUCUUGGCUAAACUCGGGCAAGCAAAUAAUGGAUAUGAAAAUCUACAAACAAACGCAAACAAGAUUCCUGCUGUCGGUUCUACUUUAGGUACCUCCUAUGCAGCUAUAGUAAAGGGGAUGCCCUCUAAUUCAAAUGACAUCCUAUUAAAGAAACUUGAUAACAUUAUAGUUAAAGUAGAAGAAGAAUCUAAUGCAACACGUCGUUCGUUUGAAGAAUUAAAACAAGAAAUGAAAAAUCACUACGAAGAGACAAAACAGCGAGUUGAAAUACUCGACAAUCAAGUGAAAACAAUGGAAAAGAAGUUGGAAGAUGUUACGGUGAAAGUCUACACAAUACUGGAAAACGUUUUGCUUGGUGAGGUAGGACAUGUUGACUUCUCUCUAUUGGGUGGCGCGUUUGCGAACUAUCGGACUUUCUAUCAAGCUGGCGAAAAUGCACAUGGAGGUGUUUUAGUAUUAAUUCAUAAUGAUAUUCCUGCUACGAGAAUCUCAUGUUCAUUACCAAAUGUCUGUGUAAUUGAUCUAUUGGUAGAACAAACCACUAGAUUAGUAGCAAUUUAUGCUCCAGCAAGCAAAUCUUGGGAUUGGACGGAUCUGUCAUCAUUCAGAACUAAUCGUUGUGUUAUUACAGGUGACUUCAACAUAGAUAUCGAAAAGGAUGGAGAAAAAGCGGAACGUCUUCUCGAAUGGAUGGACGCAUGUUCACUGGGUCCCAUUAUCCCAGAUUCUAACACAUCACUUCGUUCGGAUCGUACAAUUGAUUAUGCACUUGCAACAGGUGUAAAUUUGUCGAUUCAAACAUGUGAAGAUGACACCUGUAGCGAUCAUAAGCCUCUUGUUGUGGUAUUGGCUUGUGAUACGACCUUGAAGCUUGAAGGAUCUCGAACAGUCUGGCAGGUUUUUUCGUUAAUGCUGUCGUACACAUUUGAAUUCUGGGAAUCUGAAUGGAACGUUGAAUCUAAUGAUAUUACAUAUGAACGAUUUAUCGAUUUUAUUGUCUCACUCAAAGCUAGAUGUACGAAAUACUUUCCAAUCAUGAGAGCCAGACCGUCGGUACCUCCUGAAAUUAUGAAACUGCUCGCUCAAAGUCGUUCAUUGUCGUUCAAAGCGAAGCGAAAGGGGGAUAUAGUUCUACGUCAGGAAGCUCGUCGUCUUCGGAACAUCGCUCGUUUCGAAUUAAAACGUUAUCAACAAUCGCAGCUCACUCAUCAGUUAAAGAAAAGAAACUCGGCGGGUGACGAAUCAACGGUAUUCUGGAGUAAAACAAAACGACAUUUUCAAGCUUCUUCAUCAUCACUAAGAGGUUUUCUUCUUCCUGGUGGAGAAAUAAUAAAGGAUCCGCAAGCGAUGGUGGAUACAGCGGCGACGUAUUAUGAAACAUUAUUUGAAGCGCCGGUAGUUGUACGUCCGCAUCCAUAUGUUGAUGCGCCUAUUGUGGAAGAUGUAAACAGAUCUGAACCAAUUUCGAUCGUCACGUACCCAGAAGUAUUAAAUGUACUACGUUCAAGAAAGAAGAAACAAUCGUUAGAUAUACACGGACUCUCACCGUUUUUACUAGAUAAAAUUCCUAAAAAUUACUGGCACAUUUUUAUCAAAUUAUACAAUGACUCGUUUGCUAAUGGUUAUAUACUGAAGAAGUUUAAAGAAGUAAGAAUGAUAUUAUUGGCUAAGAAAAACGCUAUAUGUGCGCCUGAUCAAACAAGACCUAUCUCCCUGCUUGACUCAUUUCUAAAAGUACAAGAAAGAUUAUUUCUUAAUCGUUUUCUGCGACUGUUGAAAGAUCGAGGUAUUCUUCCUGAUAAUCAAUCUGGUUUUCGUGCAGAGUAUAGACUUCAAACGCGUGUGUUGCUACUCGUUGAACAAAUUUCAUCUUAUAUGUCAAAUAGUGUACCGGUGGCGACAGUAUUCGUUGAUUUUAAGUCUGCUUUUGAUCAACUCUGGUUUGAAGGAUGCCUGGGAAAGUUGACUCGUAUGGGAAUCCCGAGUGCGUAUGUCAAAUGGAUUCAAUCCUGGUUAAAUUACCGUCAAGCAACCAUCGAGAUAGAAGGUAAAAGAUCAAAAUGGAUCAAAAUCAACAGAGGUGGUCCACAAGGCUCUAGUCUAACACCAACGUUAUUCAUAACUUAUCAUAGUGAUAUGGCGGACUUUAUCCCAGGAGCAAUGUCCUUCUUCUUCGCCGAUGAUUUGGCAGCUGUACUGGCAGGACAAAUUGGAUUAAAAUUUACAGAUCAAUGCUUAGACCUGGAACGAAGAUUACAAACGUUUUUCAAACAACUGGAAUUCUACUCCGUAUUAGCGGUACAACCUAUUAAUUAUUCAAAAACACAAACUAUGUUUUCGGCUCGUGCAGUAUGUUAUCCAAACCCAAUGCCAGAAGUUCGAUGUGGAGAUAAUGCGAUUGAAUGGGUCUCAUCCUUCAAAUAUCUAGGAUACUGGUUAACGACCAAGCUUGGAUGGGGAAAUGUCAUCGGUAAAACUCGUGUAAAGGUGCGCCAGAAAACAGCGUUAAAAGGAAAUGGAUCACUAUAUCAAUGUAAUGAAAAUGCUGCAUGUGGAUGUUCAUUUAAGUUUACUCUUAUAUCACGUAUUAUUGGUGGUGAAAAUGCAGUUGAACAAUCUUGGUCAUGGGCUGUUUCUCUUCGUUCUACUGAAGGACAUUUUUGUGGAGGAGCAAUUCUUUCACCAUCAUUCAUUAUUACUGCUGCUCAUUGUUUCAAUGACAAAACUAAUUUAAAAAGUAUUACUAUUCUUGCUGGAUCAGUAAAUUUAAAACCCUCAUCAAAAGAUUCACCUCAAAUUCGUUCCAUUGCUCGAAUCUACAAACAUCCAAAUUAUAACCCUAUUACGUACGAAAACGACUUGACUCUCAUUCGCUUGUCUACUCCAUUAGAUAUGGGACAUGGAAAUAUCAAACCAAUCUGUUUACCAUCUGGUACUGUUCCUCAACCAUCAAACAAUAUGAGUAUGGUUGCUGUAGGUUGGGGUACAACAUCAACGUCGAUAGUUGUAGCUUCUCCAACUCUUCAGCAAGUUACAGUGAAACCCAUAGCAAGUACAUACAGUGGAUGUAAAGAAAUGGUUGCUGAUAGUAAACUACAAUUUUGUGCUGGAAUAAUAACUGGUGGCAAAGAUACUUGUCAAGGUGAUAGUGGUGGACCAUUAAUGGCAUUUGUUAAUAAUGUUUGGCAGCUUCAUGGUAUCACAUCCAAUGGAUAUGGAUGUGCAUUACCUGGCUAUCCAGGAAUCUACACUCGAGUUAGUUACUAUGUAAAAUGGAUCCAAUCAAUAAUGGCACCCAACAAGAUUACGACAAUUUCGUCUAUUACAACAAGAAGACUAACGACAACUAAGCCUAUCACGAGCAGAAGAUUAACAACAACUAUGUCCAAUGCACGAAGAGGACCAAUUUUUUAA